AUGCUGUUCUCGACCAGCCUGGUUGUCAUUGUCGGACGAACGCCAGGUGGACAGAGAAAGCUACAGAUCCUUAAUACGAAGCGCCAGUCCACAAUUUGCGAGCUCUCGUUUCCAUCCGACAUCUUGACCGUGCGCCUAAAUCGCCGGCGUCUUGUCGUCGUGCUUGCGACGUCCAUAUACGUGUACGAUAUUAGCAAUUUGAAGCUGUUACAUACGAUCGAAACAGGCGUAACGCAGGAUGGCCUAUGUGCGCUUGCCUCUGUGUCUGAUGAAUGCUACAUGGUGUAUGCGACGACGCAUAAAUUACACGAUCACAAUGCAGGUGCCAGCUCAAGUGUCGUUGUCUACAACCUGCACUCGCUCACUAUGGUCAACGUGAUUCCUGCACAUCGCACACGUGUUGUGUGCCUCGCACUUAACUCGAACGGAACAAUAUUAGCCACUGCGAGCGAAAAAGGCACGGUAAUUCGUGUGUUCUCUAUCCCCGAUGGGCGUCUCAUGUACCAAUUCCGUCGCGGCACGUACCCAGCCCGUAUUUUCAGUAUGACGUUCAAUGCAGCAAGCACGCUCUUGUGCGUCACGUCGGACUCUGAUACAAUUCAUGUAUUUCGACUGUUUGUAUCUAUAAACAGGCCAUUAUCGUCCACCAGCGACCCGAAACAUGCGCUAGAGCAGAAACGACGAUCUUCAUUGGCUUUAGCUUCGUCGUGGUCGCCUGUGUCGUCGACGCCGACGACAUCAUGGCGCCAACGCGGUUUUUCCAUGGUACAUGCUUUAGGCACAUAUCUCCCAACAUCUCUGGCGGAAAUGUGGGAGCCAACAAGAGAUUUUGCUUGGCUCAAACUGCCAAAACCAGGCGUUCGGUCCGUUGCUGUGGUGUCGAACUCGCAGCCGGUCGUGCUUGUUCUCACUUAUGAAGGCCUGCUAUAUACUUACGCACUCGACUUGGACUUGGGCGGUGAAUGUCAUUUGACAAAACGUACGUGCUACCUACAUGUGCCUUUGUGCAUCUGA